UUCACCGCUGUUCUAACUGCGAUGCUUCUGUUUCAGUCCCCCACUCAGAGAGACGUGAAGUCCCGUUGCCGCCCGUGUUCCGUUGGCGUUUUUAACGCCGCUGUGGGAUCGUCCUCGCUCGCUUCCGUUAGCCGCGAUGAAUCUGCCGCCUCUGCUGCUGCUGACCGCGCUCUUGUCCGGAGCCUCCGGCCAGUACACGUACGGGUACUUCAACUGGCUGGCCCGUGUGCUGGGCUACUCCCGGCCGCGCUGGCAGCCCUACGUGGAGCGGGAAGAGACCGCCCCCUCGAGCGCCGACUGUCCUGCUGAGUGUACCUGCCCGCCCGCGCUGCCCACCGCCAUGUACUGCGACACACGCGGCCUGAGACACGUCCCCCACGUGCCAGCGCGCAUGAAGUACGUCUACCUGCAGGACAACCUGAUCCAGGCCGUCCCGGAUGGAACGUUCGACAACGCAACCGGCCUCCUGUGGCUCGUCCUGCAUCGUAACAACAUCUCCACCCGCGGGCUGGGCAAGCGGGUCUUCUCCAAGUUGGACAACCUCCAGCGGCUGUACCUGGACCACAACAAGCUGACCAGCAUCCCCCACCCACUGCCCCACUCGCUGCAGGAGCUGAGGGUCUCAGGCAACAGGAUCUCCAAGGUCCAGCCCAACGAUCUCCAAGGUCUCCGCAAGUUGACCACGCUACUCCUUAACGACAACCGACUGGAAGAUGUUGGGGGCUCCCUCAAACCCCUGGCGUCUCUGUCCUUCCUGGACCUCAGCCACAACCAUCUGAUGAAGGUCCCCAAGGUGAUUCCGGGCACAACACAACAGCUGUACCUGGACUACAACCACAUCCGCUCCAUUCCCAGCCAGUACUUCCGCAAGCUCCUCAACCUCCAAUACGCCAGGAUCUCCAAUAACCAGCUGACGGACAAGGGCAUCCCCACAGGCACCUUCAACAUCUCCAGUCUAAUCGAGUUGGACCUCUCCCACAACAAGCUCCACAACAUACCCCCAGUCAAUGAGAACCUGGAGAAUCUCUACCUGCAUGCCAACCGCAUCAAAGAGAUUAAGGUGGGGAGUUUCUGUGCGGGUUCGGGACCCGUGACCUUCUCCAAGAUACGAGUGCUGCGCCUGGAUGGGAACGGGCUCGGGCACGGCAGCUUACCGGAGGAACUUGACCGCUGCCUCCGACAAGCCAGGGUGAUAAACAUUUAACCCCCCCCCCCACUGUAGUCUUCCCUCUAGAGCUCAGGUGUAGAGAGGCGUGUAUGUGCUUGUUCCUGCACCUCAGGGUUUGACACAAGAAAUAAAAGAUACUGUUUACCAGAUCAUACGUGAUAGCAGCACAAUUAGGCCAUUCUGCCCACCAAGUCUACUCCACCAUUCAAUCGUGGCUGAUCUAUCUCUCCCUCCUAACCCCAUUCUCCUGCCUUCUCCCCAUAACCCCACACUCGUACUAAUCAAGAAUCUAUCUAUCUCUGCCUUAAAAAUAUCCACUGACUUGUGGCCCCCACAGCCGUCUGUGGCAAAGAAUUCCACAGAUUCACCGCCCUCUGACUAAAGAAAUUCCUCCUCAUCUCCUUCCUAAAGGAGCGCCCUUUAAUUCUGAGGCUGUGACCUCUGGUCCUAGACUCUCCCACUAGUGGAAACAUCCUCUCCACAUCCACUCUAUCCGAGCCUUUCACUAUUCUGUACGUUUCAAUGAGGUCCCCGCUCAUCCUUCUAAACUCCAGCGAGUACAGGCCCAGUGGCGACAGAGGCUCAUCAUAGGUUAACGCGUCCAUUCCUGGGGUCUAUUUGUAAGGGAUUGAGAUUAUGCAGAGUCCUCUAGGAGUAGAGGAGAUCCCAGACCUUGGUCUCACCACUAGAUAUCUCUCUCCCUCUGCUGGUGAACGCUGCACACUGCGACUGCCGCCCACACUGUUUUUAGUUUAGAUAGAUAGAUAGAUAGAUAGCCUUUUAUUGUCAUUCAGACUUAGUCUUAGACUUAGAGAUGCAGCAUGGAAAAUCAGGCCCUUCAGCCCACCGAGUCCAUGCCGGCCAAUGAGCGUUUGGUCACCCCGACAGUCCUACACACACUGGGGACAAUUUACAAUUGUUACCGAAGCCAAUGUUUUACCUACAAAUCUUUAGAGUCUCCGGAGUGCGGGAGGAAACCGGAGCACCCGGAGAAAACCCCCGCGGUCACGGGGAGAACGUGCGAACUCCGUACAGACAGCGCCCGUAGUCAGGAUCGAACCCGGGUCUCUGAUGCUGUGAGGCAGCAACUCUAACGCUGAGCCACCGUUCCGUUCCUGUUCUUGGCUCUUAGAUCAAUGCAGAAACAGCAAACUGCAGAUUCUGGUUUCCAAAAAAAGGACACAGAGUGCUGGAGUAACUCAGCGGGUACAGCAGCAUCUAUGGAGCUAAGGAAAUAGGCAA